AGCAACACGACGAGGAUUUACAAUCCAUGUUUGCGAAGAUUGUAUUUGCAGUCCACAUACAGUGACGUACAAAAUAAGGGAAAAUAUGAUAGUUCAAUUUAGCGAGUACGUUACCCACAUGAGGCGUGAGUUUGAUCAACGUAUGGAUCACGAGGAGCGAAACAGAGUAGCUCACAUGCCCGCAGUCGUGAGCAAUGUCCUCUGGGGAAGGCAAUUAGAAACAAAGAUCGUCGACCUUCAAAACAUGACAUCGUCUGUAUUACAAGGUCUAUCGUUGAGUAGAAAAUUAGAAGAAAAAUUGCGUACUUUUCGCCUCGAUGUUGUUGAGUACCAGAAGGAGAUCUAUGAUUCGUGGUGUCGAGAUUUACAGGCGGGAAUACGGGACAAGUCACUCAGCCUAGACACCAAUCAAACUGUUAUUCGGCUAGACGCUGAAGGCACGCCCCGAGUGAGUUACAGUCCCCGGUUAGUAACGCUGAUACAGGAGGUGCGACAGCUGCGUGUUCUCGGUCUUACGAUUCCGCCGGCCGUCGAAGAGGUUGACGCAAAAGCGAGACUCUAUUUUAGACAAGCCAAGGAUCUCCAGCAAAUUGGAAACUUCUAUAUGACCAUUGCCGACCAUAUGAUCCUAAGUCAAAGGCCAAUGAUGCUGUCGUCGGCCCAGCAAUUCACAAAGCUUAUGAAUAGCAGAGAGAAAACAGCUACGUGGAAUGAUCCGCAAGCCGUCGAUGCCUACAUUAAGAAACUGCAAGACGUAGCCGAGAAGUUCAGCCGCUUAAACCGAAUGUUGCGACGCCAGCAUAAUGAUAUCACUGAAAAGGUUCUCCAGUUGAUGUCAACGGAUUUAUUAUCUAAGCAAUCAGUAUGGAAAGAACUGCUAGCGGAAAUUCGAGGCAUAAUGAACAAACUUCAAGCACAAGGCUUCAACCCGGAUCAUAUGCGGUCAUGGAAAAUUCACUGGGAUCGACAGUUGUACAAGGUCCUCGAUUAUCAAUACUGCGCUUGUGUCGGAAAAUUGUCCCAACAUAUGGCCGAAAUAAGGGUCGAUCUUACGUUCAGUACGUAUAUUCCGAUCGCGUUGUUCGAUGAUCCUCCAGCGAAAUACACUAGUUUGCGGCAAGAUUCCGAGACAUUGAGUCGUCGGAAGUGCGCAAUUUAG